GCCCGCCCCCUUCGCGCGUCGGCUCGGGCUCCCUGCGCAGCGGAAACAUGGCGGCGGGAAGGGAGUGAGCCGCCCCGCGCCGCCGCUGCGCCCGCAGAUUUCUCCAUCUCACUAAGGAGGAACGGUUUCCUAUUUGAUAUAGCUGAUGGUACCAUGCAAAAAUCAGAUCUUCGGAAAGAUGGAGAAAUUAACAUACAGAGAAACUGACUUGUCAGAGGUCAGAGUAAGGUAUUGGUGGAUCCAGGGAUAAAUCCCAAACUUCUUAACUCCUUGACCAGUUUUAAGUCCAUUGACUAUGCAGCCUAGUGUGAUAGACUGGAAUGAUGUUAGGAAACACAAGUAUGGUCACCUUUCAGAGUCUGCAUCCCAAUAUCAAGAAGCUACUGACAUCCUGGAACUAGCAUCUAGUGCUUUUUGCAUGGUCCAAAAGGGCCCUGUGCUGCUCCACUGCAGAGGAAACUUCAAGAAAUGCUGGUUUGCUACAGUGUUUUAGCUUGUGAGAGUCUCUGGGACCUUCCCUGCACCAUCAUGGGGUCACCUCUAGGUCAUUUUACCUGGGACAAAUACCUAAAAGAAACAUGUUCAGUCCCAGCGCCUGUCCAUUGCUUCAAGCAGUCCUACACACCUCCAAGCAACGAGUUCAAGAUCAGCAUGAAAUUGGAAGCGCAGGACCCCAGGAAUACCACAUCCACGUGUAUUGCGACAGUAGUUGGACUGACAGGUGCCCGGCUCCGCCUUCGCCUUGAUGGCAGUGACAACAAGAAUGACUUCUGGCGGCUGGUUGACUCAUCUGAAAUCCAGCCUAUUGGGAACUGUGAGAAGAAUGGGGGUAUGCUGCAGCCCCCUCUGGGAUUUCGGCUGAAUGCCUCUUCUUGGCCCAUGUUCCUUUUGAAGACACUAAAUGGAGCAGAGAUGGCUCCCAUCAGGAUUUUCCACAAGGAACCACCCUCGCCUUCCCACAACUUCUUCAAAAUGGGAAUGAAGCUAGAAGCUGUGGACAGGAAGAACCCUCAUUUCAUUUGCCCAGCCACUAUUGGGGAGGUGCGGGGCUCAGAGGUGCUUGUCACUUUUGAUGGGUGGCGAGGGGCCUUUGACUACUGGUGCCGCUUCGACUCCCGGGACAUCUUCCCUGUGGGCUGGUGUUCCCUGACUGGAGACAACCUACAGCCACCUGGCACUAAAGUUGUGAUUCCAAAGAAUCCCUAUCCUGCAUCUGAUGUGAACACUGAGAAGCCCAGCAUCCACAGCAGCACCAAAACUAUCUUGGACCAUCAACCAGGGCAGAGGGGGCGUAAACCAGGAAAGAAGCGGGGCCGGACACCCAAGCCCCUAAUUCCCCACCCCAUCUCUACCCCAUCCAAGUCAGCUGAACCUUUGAAAUUCCCAAAGAAGAGGGGUCCCAAACCUGGCAGUAAGAGGAAACCUCGGACUUUGCUGAACCCACCACCCACCUCACCAACAACCAGCACCCCUGAACCGGACACCAGCACUGUACCCCAAGAUGCUGCCACCAUCCCCAGCUCAGCCAUGCAGGCCCCCACAGUUUGUAUUUACUUGAACAAGAAUGGCAGCACAGGCCCCCACUUAGAUAAGAAGAAGGUCCAGCUGCUUCCUGACCAUUUUGGGCCAGCCCGCGCCUCCGUGGUGUUGCAGCAGGCUGUCCAGGCUUGCAUCGACUGUGCUUAUCAUCAGAAAACCGUCUUCAGCUUCCUCAAACAGGGCCAUGGUGGUGAAGUGAUCUCAGCCGUGUUUGACCGCGAACAGCACACCCUCAACCUCCCGGCAGUCAACAGCAUCACCUACGUCCUCCGCUUCCUGGAGAAGCUCUGCCACAACCUUCGCAGUGACAAUCUGUUUGGCAGCCAACCCUUUACACAGACUCACUUGCCUCUCACCACCACCGAGUACAGCCACAGCCACAGCCACGACAGGUACCUACCAGGUGAAAGCUUUGUCCUGGGGAAUAGUCUGACCCGGUCCUUGGAACCACACUCAGACUCCAUGGACUCCGCCUUGACUCCCACCAACCUUGUCAGCAGCUCCCAAAACCUUCGAACCCACGGGUACCGGCCUCUGCUUCCAUCUUGUGGCCUCCCACUGAGUCCUGCCUCGGCUGUGCGCAGGCUGUGCUCCAGGGGGUCGGACCGAUACCUGGAAAGCCGGGAUGCCUCGCGACUGAGUGGCCGGGACCCCUCCUCGUGGACAGUAGAGGACGUGAUGCAGUUUGUCCGGGAAGCUGAUCCCCAGCUUGGACCCCACGCUGACCUCUUUCGCAAACACGAGAUCGAUGGCAAGGCCCUGCUUCUGCUGCGCAGCGACAUGAUGAUGAAGUACAUGGGGCUGAAGCUGGGGCCCGCGCUCAAGCUCUCCUUCCACAUUGACCGGCUGAAGCAGGGCAAGUUCUGAACCAGGAGACACCGCCCAGACAACUGCGGGGUCCUCCGGAAGGGGUCGACAUUCUUCUCCCCGGAAGGAGGGCCAACAGUCUGCUCCGGGCGCCUCAGUGGGGCUCAGGGCCGCCUCAGGACUCCAGGAGGCUGUGUGGAGCCACCACUGCUCCCCCUCCUGCCAUGAUACGUCCUUCCAUGAAGGACUGAGGAGGGGGGAGUGUGGGGCCCAGGGCUGGCGCUGCUCUUGCCCUCAGCCCUGCCUUGGCUCUGAGGCCCCUCUGUAUUUAUUUCUCAAGCCCGCUGGCCUUUCAGCGGGCGUUUAGACUGAACACCUUCCGGGUGAUGGAGGAAGGGGCUGACCUCUGAGGCCCCAGAAGACGGGGGCCCUGAAUUGACACUCGUGCCCAGUUCCCCUGCCACCUGCCGGGCCUGGUGUGGCACCCCAUUGCCCCACAGCUCCCGCCACCUCCUCACAAGAGCUCCAGACUCCAAACUCAUGGUGCAAACCUCUACCUUUUUUUAAAAAAGAUCUUUUCUUAUUGUUAAUUUAUUGUUUCUGGCACUCGGGCAAGCCCUCCGGUUCAUACUCCUCCCGCUCCAGACACCGGGUUUCAGGAGGUGAGAGACUGCCCCGCCCCGGUCCCAGAGAAGCAUGGGCUCUUCUCAGACCACAUCACCCUGGAGCGCUUGCUCUGUGGGGUGGACAGAUCCCUCAGGCCUUGACCGUGUACCCCUCAGCUUGGGGAGAAGAGAGUGUCUGCCACCUUCCCCUCCGCCUCCAGGGGCCCUCUGCAGCCCCAGGCCUCGUCUGUGGGAAUGGGAGUCCCCCGCCCACACCCUCCCCCACACAGCUCCCUGCCCUGGCCAGAACUGCUGCCGAAGAAGGUCAGGCCCCCGGAUUUUAGGCCACAAAGCCCGUAAGGCAGAUGGGAGGGAAGGGUCUCCCGGCUGGAGUCUGGUUGUCCCCUCUCCAUUAUCCAGAUGCUUCCUUUGUGAGCAGGUCAGCUGCGCCCGCUGCCAUCUGGACUUCUUUUAUGUCAAUUUGUUUAUAAAUAAAAACCAAUAUAGAUGCC